AUCCCGCAUGCUCAAACCUCCAGUCUCUCUGCUCUCUGUACCUCCCACAUCCCACAUAAAUCAUCCUGCUGUCAAUGUACUCCAGUGAUUUAUACUAUGGAUGCUGCUACCGAAGGCCUUGCAAUGGAUCUGAAAGGUGUCUCGCUGGAAGAUGAUGCUUCGCAAGUGCGGCGAGAUGACGAGAGCACCCAUCUCGAGAGCACUGUUGCUGCUGUUCGUUGCGAACGGAGGGAACCCUUUGCCAUGGGAUUGGUGGACAUGGCUGGAGAGGUUCUCCGGUCGGUGACCUGCCUGCUGGAGCAGCACGACAUGGUUAUCCUCGGGGGCACGUGCCGUUCGCUUCGCCAAAUCCAGAGAGGGUUUGCGAGUGGCGAAGAGGCAUUUCCUUUGCGACCCACCGUUGACGAGCGGCAUGGGAACGAAGACAACGCCGUCCAAGUGGACACAGAGACCGGUGUCCUGCGAAAGACACCCAGACCGGGCAUGGGCACCAUCAUGGCCAAGGAAAGGGUUGACAAGAUGACAUGCUACUGGGAGGUCAAUAUACAGGUCUUCACAGGAGUAAGGCUUGAGGUCGGCGUGGCGACACGCCGCAGCAUCUACCGAGGAGGGUGCGACAAGGACGAGGUGAUUUUCAAGGUCAAGGGGAUUCUCUCCUGUGGAGGCAAGGAAUCUCUCCCGUGUGAACUCGUCGCUUGGUGCAAAACAGUUUUUUUCUUCUGAGCUAUGGAUGAGACCGGCUUUGCACGGCUUGCGUUGGAC